AACAGUCGGACUAAAAUCUCUGAGGAGAGAAAAGAAGAAGAAGAAGAACGAAAAUGGAAGCAGCGAUGGGAUUGAUGCGAAGAAUGCCUCCGAAGCACAUCGACACCGCUCUCUCCGCCCUCCUCUCUCUUCUUCCUCAGCACUCCUCCGAUCUCCUCUCUCAGGUCGAUCAACCCCUCCAGGUUUUGUGCGAUGCCGAGUAUGGCAAGGACUUCAUUCUCUGCGAGUAUAACAGAGAUGCAGACUCGUACAGAUCACCGUGGUCAAAUGUGUAUCAUCCACCAUUGGAAGACGGCAGCCUCCCAUCCUCGGAGUUGAGGCAACUUGAAAUUGAAGCGAACGACAUCUUUGCUGUUUAUCGUGACCAGUAUUAUGAGGGUGGAAUUUCAUCUGUUUAUAUGUGGGAGGACGAUAAUGCAGGCUUUGUAGGCUGCUUUCUAAUAAAAAAAGAUGGCUCCAAGACAGGGCAAGGUCGGAGAGGUUAUUUGCAGGAGGGAGCAUGGGAUGCUAUACAUGUUAUUGAGGUGGGUCCAGAUGAGGAAGGAACAACCAAUUACCGUUUAACCAGCACUGUAAUGCUAUCGUUGACUACUGAUAAUCAGUCAUCUGGCACAUUCAGUUUGUCUGGUUCACUUAGAAGACAGAUGAAUAUGAGACUCUCACUUGAAGAAGGUCAUCUGUGUAACAUGGGGAGAAUGAUAGAAGAGAUGGAGGGUAAGCUGCGAAACUCACUAGAUCAGGUUUACUUUGGGAAGACGAAAGAAAUGGUUUGCACUCUAAGACCUCCAGCUGAAGUAGUGAUGAGACUGCCUAGUAGCUAAGGUGGCUAUCACAACUGAAAUAGGGAAAACUUACUCAUAAGUUUCUCAUAUUUGCUUCACAGCGUGACAUAUAUAUUUGUGUACUUGGUUGAUAUGUUAUACUUUGUGUGAUAUUCCUUUUCUACUUGAUACCUUACUCUGCUACUUCACAAAUGAGGUGUAUGGUUUUGUUGUUAAUUGGAAGCGCCACAUGGAUUCUGGUUC